AUGCCUGCCGGCCCUGUCUCGGAGACAACAUCGCUCCUGCGCAAACCCUCGCUCGAUCUUGAACGCCCAGAUGUGCCCAUCAAAGAUGCGGCUACGGCUGGCUCAGAUGGCUAUGACACGGUCAUCGAUGAGAGCGUAUCAGAGUCGGACUACCAAGAAGAUGACACGGCCUGGCAGACAGAGGUCAAGUAUCUCGUCAGAAACUCGCCGUUCCUGAUAGUCACGUAUAUGGUUCAGUACUCAUUCAGCGUUGUCACAGUUCUGGUCGCUGGUCGUCUGGGAACAAAAGAACUGGCUGCAGCGUCGUUGGCUUCCAUGAACGCUAAUGUGUUCGGCUACAACAUAUAUGAGGGUCUUGCUACAUCGCUCGACACUCUCACAUCUCAAGCAUACGGAAAUGGAAAGAAAGAGUUGGUCGGCCUGGCCGUACAGCGAAUGUGUGCCCUGAUGUGCCUCGUCACUAUUCCCAUUGGUGCUGUGUGGCUGUCAGCGCCAUGGAUACUCCCUGCUUUGGUACCGGAGAAAGAGGUCGCUAAGCUGGCUGGUCGCUUCCUGCAGAUAUAUUUGAUCGGUGCACCAAGCUGGGGUAUUUUUGAGGCCAGCAAACGCUUCAUGCAAGCUCAAGGCAAGUUCGAUGCUUCGCUCUGGGUGCUCCUGGUUUGUGCGCCAGUCAACAUUUUCUUGAAUUGGCUGCUUCCCUUUCGACUUGGCCUGGGAUUUGAAGGCGCUGCUCUGGCGACCGCCAUAUCGAAUACACUGCAACCUGUGGUGUUGAUACUGUACAUCUGGAUCUUCGACCGCGAGGCGCUUCAAUGCUGGCCAACGAUCCAGUGGCGACGCAUAUUCUCGAACUGGGGUCCUAUAAUACGAUUGAGCAUUCCAGGCGUUGUGAUGACCGCAGCCGAGUGGUUCGCGUUUGACGCAUUGACUUUCGCAUCCAGCUAUCUCUCGGCGGAACAUCUGGCUGCGCAGUCAGUCGUUAUGACAGUAUGUGUGGCCAUCUACCACGUUCCCUUCCCGGUCUCCAUCGUUGCUAGCACCAGGUUUGGCCACUGGAUUGGGUACGGUGCUCUCAACGCUGCACGAAAGGCAUGGCGGACGUUCUACGUAGUCUUCUGCGUCAUUGGUCUCUGGGACCUCGUUCUUCUCACGUCAACGAGGCAUUUGCUUGCUCAGCUUUUCACCAAGGACGAAAGCGUGAGAGACAUAAUUGUUCUUGUUCUUCCUAUUGUCGCGUCAGCUCAGCUAUUCGACGCACUUCUCGCUAUUUCCAAUGGUUUACUUCGAGGACUGGGCCGACAGAGCAUUGGUGGCUGGGUCAAUCUAGGAGUCUAUUAUAUCUUCGGCCUUCCGCUUUCGUUCUUCCUCACGUUUGGUCCACCGAAGCUAGAGUUGCAGGGUCUGUGGGUCGGUCCUACACUAGGUCUUGGACUUGGCGCAUUCAUGAUGUGGCUGUAUAUGAAGACAGCCAACUGGGAGAAGUGUGUCGAGGACGCCAGAGCUAGAGAAGAGUGA